UGACACCCCCACCCCAAUUUAUUUCCCAACCUAAUCUCGUCCUAAGGUGCUAAAAACUAAUGGUUUCUAGGGUGAAAAGAGGCAGUUUCGCUUCCAGCAGCAGGGACUAUCCCGAAUCCUUCCCGUUUUACUUCUUGCAUUUGUUCUGCGAACUUCCCACUGACUCCCAAGUUUCAAUCUGUUGCAUUUCUUGCCUUUGUUUUGUAAAUCUACUUCAACCUCGUUUCUCUGCUGCCUGCUGCCGAUUUGGGAACAGUCGUGGGCGGGUUUCAGGUUAUUUCUCAGACCAAGUUUCUAGGAUAGAAUAGCGUGAAAAUAUCUGCUGGUGUAAACAAAAGUUUUAAAAGAAACUAUUAAAAGGGUUAAACAAAGAUACAUUUGGAAACUUCCAGCUGCAAAGUGGCUCAAGAUUAGCUUUCCCCUCUGGGUGUGAAUCUACAGAAAAGAAGGUACAAUAAGGUUACAAUAGCAUUUAAUCUCACAGGGUUUACAGUUGCUGAGAGACUGAAGUAAAAUACACAAGGAGCCCCGUUCCCAGUCCUCUUUCUGGAGUAACCUCCACACAAAGUCAGAAGCUAGGAGAAGAAGCCAAACUUUUCUGUCGUUUGGCAUGCUCUAGUUGUCUGUGUUCCCUUUGGUAGCCCAGGAAUUUGGACUAGUGUGAAGACUAAAGAGAACACUCUAAAUCAGGGUUAAUAAAUUGGCUGAUCUCUCUUUAUGGGUUUAAAAAUGUCAUUUAGCCUAAUAUUAAAAAAAUGACUUUUACAGAUCAAGGCAUGUGAACUUUCUCACUGACUUCUUAAAGAAAAAUAUUUAUCCUUGAACACCAUGAAAGUACAACAUAUACUAAACAGAUAGACAGCUUCAAGGACGUGACUGUCCAGUUCAGAUCCUUGCACGUAAAGCCCUUCACUUCUAACCAUAGAUGACACAGUUGUUAUGUGUAAGGAGCUGGUGAACCUUGUGCAUCCAGACAUAAUGGACAGAGGAGGUGAAUGUGUGUGACUUGUCAUAAAAAAACAAAGGGACAUAGCAUAAAAUUGUGUUCUUCCUUUGUUCAGUCUAUGUUCCAAUGUGCACAGAGAAGAUUAACAUCCCAAUAGGUCCCUGCGGUGGCAUGUGCCUUUCCGUCAAAAGAAGAUGUGAACCUGUUCUGAAAGAAUUUGGAUUUGCCUGGCCAGACAGUCUAAACUGCAGUAAAUUUCCACCCCAGAAUGACCACAAUCACAUGUGUAUGGAGGGUCCGGGGGAUGAAGAGGUUCCCCUUCACAGCAAGACAUCCUUGCAGCCAGGAGAAGAGUGUCACACAAUGGGAUCUAAUUCAGAGCAGUAUAUCUGGGUAAAAAGAAGCCUGAGCUGUGUCCUUAAGUGUGGCUAUGAUGCUGGUCUCUAUAGCAGAUCAGCUAAGGAAUUCACUGAUAUCUGGAUGGCCGUGUGGGCUAGCCUGUGCUUCAUAUCAACAGCCUUCACAGUCCUGACCUUCCUGAUUGAUUCAUCCAGAUUUUCCUACCCUGAGCGCCCCAUCAUAUUUCUGAGCAUGUGCUACAAUAUUUAUAGCAUUGCUUAUAUCGUGAGGCUGACUGUAGGCCGGGAAAGGAUAUCCUGUGAUUUUGAAGAGGCAGCAGAACCUGUUCUUAUCCAAGAAGGUCUUAAGAACACAGGAUGUGCUAUAAUUUUCUUACUGAUGUAUUUUUUUGGGAUGGCUAGCUCCAUCUGGUGGGUGAUUCUGACAUUAACAUGGUUUCUAGCAGCAGGACUCAAAUGGGGCCAUGAGGCUAUAGAAAUGCACAGCUCCUAUUUCCAUAUUGCAGCCUGGGCUAUCCCUGCAGUGAAGACCAUAGUCAUCUUGAUUAUGAGACUAGUAGAUGCAGAUGAGCUCACUGGUCUGUGUUAUGUUGGCAACCAGAACCUAGAUGCACUCACUGGCUUUGUCGUUGCUCCGCUUUUCACCUACUUGGUUAUUGGAACUUUAUUCAUAGCAGCAGGCUUAGUGGCCUUAUUUAAAAUCAGGUCUAAUCUUCAAAAAGAUGGGACUAAAACUGACAAGCUGGAAAGACUGAUGGUCAAAAUUGGUGUCUUUUCAGUGCUAUACACUGUCCCAGCUACAUGUGUAAUUGCAUGUUACUUCUAUGAAAUCUCCAACUGGGCUAUCUUCCGCUAUUCAGCGGAUGAUUCCAAUAUGGCAGUGGAGAUGCUUAAAAUUUUCAUGUCUCUGUUGGUGGGUAUCACAUCUGGCAUGUGGAUUUGGUCGGCCAAGACUCUGCACACGUGGCAGAAGUGCUCUAACAGACUGGUGAACUCAGGGAAAGUGAAACGAGAGAAGAGAGCGGAUGGUUGGGUGAAACCUGGGAAAGGGAAUGAGACUGUGGUGUAAACAAAACCUCUGUGCUGACUUCUCUCCCAAGAAGGACUUGUGUAUAAACACUUGCAGUAGAAAUGUUGCUGGGGAGGUGUGGGGAGGUAAAGUACAAAAUCUGUCUCUGAAAAGAAGCCUUAAAGAAUGAGCAGAAAUUUAAAAAACAGAAUAACCAUAAACCAGGCUGCCCAAAA